AUGGAUGAAAGUGGAAUUAUUGGAUAAAUGAUAUUAGAAUAUACAGGAAGAAUUAAAAAGGUUAUAAAUCAUAUUAAUAUUUAGAGCAGCGGCACUUUAGACAAUCCUAAAUUAAUACCAUUCAUAACAACUAUUGUGUCAUCAACUGCUAAGAUUUUAGAUAAAUAAUCACUCAAUAGAGUAACAAGUAUAUUCAACUUUUAUUAAAGUAAGUUAUUAAGAAUCAGAUAUUUUAAUUUACAUAGAUUAAACAGAUAUAGUGGUUUUGGAAAGAUAAAAGUGA